UAGGCGUUGUGUACAAUGGAGUAUCAUUAACACAUUGGUUUCGCGAACAAAAUUUCGGUGUAAAAGAUGGUAUGUAUAAGUACUAUAUAUAACCAUACGUUCACAAGUACUGCGCAAAUCUGAGCCGUGUUAGUUAUAUCAACACCAACAGCAAUAGUUUUGUUCAUAUCAAACAAACGCUACUAUCAUAAUAAUUGUCAAUUUCAUUGGGACUACACACUGUGCUCGUGAACUACUGACCAUAACUGGUGAAAACUGGCACUUGCUCAUCUUUGCAAUGAAAUAACGAUAACGAUUGCUCAACUAACAGCCCAUGCAAAAUUUUACUGCACGGGACUGCAGUGGCCUAAUAGGGAUUAGCGGUUACAGAAACGUUGGAAAGAAUUGUUAAUUUGAUCAUACCGAACCAGCGUAUUAUUCAUCCUCAAGGCACACACUACUCAGCAAAAAACGAUUUUAUUGCACAUAUUUUAAGUGCAGCCUCUGUAAUUAAACUUCACCAAGUAGGAUGUGUACCAAAAGUAUCUCAGAAUGGUUUCAUUUAGCACAGUAGUUUGUGGGGAAGUGAGAAUAUUGAAUCCUUCAAUGCAAGUCUGACUACUAUACAAAUGAACAACCAUCAUUAAUGUUACCACAGAGUUGCAGCAGAAAAAUAGUACUCUAGAAGUAAUUUGUAAUUCAACUGCCUUAACAUUUUCUUUGUGAUGGGUCUACAUAUCACUCAUAAAUAUUAUCAUGCCCAUUGAAACAGGUGUAUGAAAUGUCAAGAUACUCGUGAUGCCCAUUGUCAAGACAGAGUUUUGGAAAGAAAUUUGUUGCCCGCCUACUCAAAAACAAGUGCAUCAGGUAGGCCUAGCGCACUUCAUUGCAGUACCAAAGCAAUAAAUUCAUAUUGUUUUAACAUGCAGUUCAAAGAUUCAGUAGAAAAUCCACUGUUUUGCCCAAUGGAAACCUGUCCAAAGGAACUAGGUGAAAAAACCUUGCCAAAAUUUCCGAAAAGCAAUUGCUGUAUUUGGUCAUCACCAUCUGACAUGGCACCAAUAUAUGCUGUGGAAAUCGCAAAGCUCUGGAUACAACAGCAGUGCAAAAAUACUUCUGUAUCAGCAGGACGCAAAAUGGUCAAUGUUAAACAGAGAAAUGACCAACGGAUGAAGGACAUCGCUGAGAUUACAUCAGGAGAAAAAAUUCAGUGUCAGCAGGUCAAGGACAUUGGUGUGAUGAAAGCUGGAGAAAAAGUUACUCAGUGUCAACAGAUCAAAGACAUUGGUGUGAUGACGUCAGGUGAAAAAGUUGCUCAGUGUCAGCAAAUCAAGGACAUUGGUGUGAUGAAAUCUGGAGAAAAAGUUACUCAGUGUCGACAGAUCAAAGACAUUGGUGUGAUGACAUCAGGUGAAAAUGUUGCACAGUGUCAGCAGAUCAUGGACAUUGGUGUGAUGACGUCAGUAGAACUUGUCCAGGGCCGGCUGAGCAAGGACAACCAGUGCCAGCAGAUCAAGGACAUUGGUGUGAUGACAUCUGGAGAAAAAGUUACUCAUUGCCGAGACUCCAGUGACAUUGGUGUGAUGACAUUAGGAGAAAAAGUUACACAGUGUCAGCAGAUCAAGGACAUUGGUGUGAUGACAUCAGUAGAAGAAGUUGUCCAGUGCCAGCUGAGCAAGGGCAAGCAAUGCCAGCAGAUCAGGGACAUUGGUGUGAUGACAUCUGGCGAAAAAGUUACUCAUUGCCGAGACUCCAUUGACAUUGGUGUGAUGACAUUAGGAGAAAACGUUACCCAGUGUCAGCAGAUCAAGGACACUGGUGUGGUGGCAUCAGGAGAAAAAAUUACCCAGUGUCAGCAUAAAUCACUCUCAGAUGAGCUUGCGAGCUGCAGGAUAUUGACUGUUGAUGGACCUGGAGAUUAUGGAGCAUCACCACUUUUCGUACAGUUUGCUAAGUAUUCUAAGUCACACCAUAUUUUUAAACCAAAGGGUGUCACACAGGCAGUUCAAGAAACUCCUGGAAGCAACAAACAUAAUACUACUAAAGAAAAUGUCAAUUGUUUAGUUCCAGUUUCAUGUCCAUUGGAAGGAAGAGAAAGAGAAAUUAUGAAAGAGACCAAUAUCUGCUCUACCACUACAAGUGGGAAAAAAGAGAAAGUGGAUGGCAGUGAGAUGGGAAAUAGCUGUGCUUUCAGAUGCAAGGAUUUCAGUGAAAGUGAACCAAUGAUUUUAAACAACACUGUAAAUAAGCAUUUCUUCCAUGAAAUUAAUUCAUCUGAUAAAAAAUGUUUGAUAAAAAAUAAAACAGCUCUGUUUCCAAAUGAAAAAACUGACAAAUGGUGUGAUAAUUCUCAUCCACUUAUAUGUAAUGUCAUGCAUGAAUUACCACUGGAAGCCAGUGACAGAAGCAGCUACAGCAAAUUAUUAUUAAGUGAAAGAGGUCUGCUAAAUGAAAAAGUUGACAGGAAACUAUGUGUACCAGAACUUCACCAAGCAAUCAAUGGGCAAGAUGUGACAAGAAAGUCAGUAAAUUAUGGCAUCUCUUUAAGAAAAACUGUUUCAGCAGAACAGUUCCAUCUUGGAUGGGAAACAAAAGAUCAAUAUCAAAUACCCUGCUACAAUGUUCAUCAAACAAAGAAAAACCAUGGUCUUCAGGGAAAUCACAAAACUCACAUCAAAGCAAAUAAAAGUAAUUUUUACCCACAUACAGACGUAUCAGAAAAUAUAACUCCAAUAGUGCAUUGUAAUAGGGAUUCAGAAAUCACAAAAUCAAAUACCAAAAUGAAUACAUUAGGACCAAAAGGAAAUUCGUUAGAAUUUCCUACAAUGGGUCAUAAUUUCUCAUACAAUCCAAAAGCAAAAAAUUUAGGUCCUUGGCUACAGGAAAUGUCACAGAAAACUGGAAGCAAUAGCUGUGAUACGAAACUUAGAAAGAAAUCCAAUGAAAUUGCAGAUACUAUACAAGUGGGACAUCUAGAGAAUGAAUUUCAGAGUGAAUCACAUGUCUGUGAUCAGAGAGGUAUCAGUAGCCUGCAGUUCAGAAAAGGAAAUAAAAAUUCAGAUGAAGAUAUUACCACGAAUGGUUUUAGGAUCACUUUUGCUAAUAUAACAGCCAACGAAGAACCCACAAAAAAAUUUGCAAAGAAGAGAAGCAUAUGGUCUUUUUUUCAAAAUUUACUGAGGAAACUAGACCCAAGUAGAAAAAGAGAGAGAAAACGACAGGACAAUGAGUCUCCUACUUUUGUGACACUCAACUAUAAAAGACAUAAUAAGAGAAAAUCAAAGAGACAGGCAAUUCACAGAGAUACGUAUGGAUUUGAGGAGAAAUGCCAUACAACCAGUUCUUCUGGAUAUGACAAUGAACACGUUAGUUCCAACGCCAAUAAACAGAUUUAUGACUCUACUAGAAGCGAAGCAAAUAAAUGCUAUCGUCAUUCUCACACCCAUAAAAAGAGACAGGCAGCAGUUAAUUUACUAAAGGAUUGUAAACAUGAUGAGAAUGUGUUAAAUGGUAAUGUAACAAUUCCUGUAUUGUUUAGAGAUGAAACCUCCUUACUCAAAAGUGAAGAGUGUAAUAAAAAUGUUGUUGUUAUGGUAGCAGCAGUACAUAGUUCUAGUGGAGAGGUUAAUCGAGAUAUCAUGGAAGAACUGAAACAACAAAGACAAGAUAUUGACAGCCUCAAGCAACUGCUUAAUAACAAUGAGAAUAAAACACACAAUAAAAAUCAUUCCAAAAAUAAAAUAAAAGAUAUACCGCUACGUAUAAGUGGCACCACUACAGAAUUUGGCAUCCCUAUGGUGCCAGAGCUCAACAAAAGUAUUACAAAUUUCCAAAAUGUCAGUAAUACACAGGGUGUUUUUAAAGUAAAAGAACAACCAAUAUCAGAACAUCUUUUGAAUGAAAAAUGUAAAAGCAUUAGUCUGCAUGACUACUUUGCAUUUAAUUCUAUGAGAUAUAAAAACGGAGGUCAAGUGCCAGCCUUAACAGUGAAGAGAACGCCAUACAAUUUCUCAAAUGAUCACUCUGAUAUAUCCCAUGAAUGUACAAAUGGAUGUAUGUGGAGAAACAGUACAAAACAUGGACAUAGGAGAGCAGAAAAACACUUACGUUAUGUGAUUCGUCACUGCAGGAAUGGCAAAACAGAUUUGUGGAAUAAAAUUUUAAGUCUGUGUAGAUACAACUGACUGUUGCAUGUGACUGAAAAUAUAGUGAUCCAGUGCACUUUCUGGGACAAUAAACAAUGUUAUUUUCAUGCA